AUGAUAAUAAUAAUAAUUUUUAAGAAAGAACGCGGACAGCUUCUCUUGACCAACGAUCAAAUUUACGACCAUUUCAAGAGCACAUACGAAGUGCCUAAAAGUUUAAGACGGUAUAGGGAUCCAAACGAUCAAAAACCUGCAUUUCCUCGAAUCGAAUUCCACGGCAUUCCACCAACGCUAGAGGAACUAAGUAGUCAGAUCAAGAGGACGUCGUCUAAAUCUGCACCGGGACCCGAUGGUAUCCCAUAUAUAGUCUUUAAAAAAUGUCCAUCGGUUCGUAAACACCUCCUAAAUAUAUACGGUAAAAUCUGGUCAGGGAAGCAAAUCCCGGAGUGCUUCGGGAAAGCAAUUUUUGUCCUCAUUCCCAAAAAAGAUAUAGUUACUGAUCCGAAAGAUACUAGACCGAUAGCUUUAACAAAUACUAUAUCGAAAAUCUAUUUCUCGGUUCUACAAACGAGAAUGACGCGAUUCAUGCUCAGCAACAACUAUUUUAGGCCAAAUCACCAGAAAGGGUUUUUACCCGGGAUUUCUGGAUGCCUAGAACACAACACCUUGCUGUCGGAGAGUUUGAAAGAUGCUAGAAGAAGCGAGCGGCAAAUCACUGUUUGUUGGAUAGACUUAGAGAACGCGUUCGGGUCGAUACAACACGAAUUGAUGCUAUUCGCGCUUAGAUGGUACAACUUUCCACCCCUAGUUAGAGAUAUGAUCGCGUCGUAUUACUCAAAAUUAAGGUUUUCUAUAAUAACUAAAGAAGGCCCUUCAAAAAGUUUGAGUUAUAAUGUAGGACUGUUUCAAGGUUGUUGUCUAUCUCCAAUUACGUUUAAUAUCGUUAUUAACAUUUUAGUAGACAAAUUAAUCUGUAACGAGAAAAAAUGGGGUUAUCGGUUUAAGUUUAAUAAUAAAUACACGGAAUCCAUUUUAGCCUUCGCUGACGAUCUCGCAAUACUGACACGUAACCCCAAACACUGUCAAGUACUAUUGGAUGAAGUGGAUAAAUUCUGUGAGUGGACGGAUGGAUUGAGGACAAAACCCAGUAAAUGUCAUUGUCUGUGUCUUGGUAGGCGGAAUACAAGAUACACCUCAUACGAUCCGGGACUAUCGUUAGGCGGUCAAUACAUUUCUACGGUUACGGAAAAUGCACCAUUUAAAUUUCUCGGUCGUAAGAUUGAUAAUAUAGGCCGUACUCCAUCUUUAGAAGGAAUAGUAGAUAGCUUUUUGAACGAUCUUAACAAGGUAGAUAGAAGAAUAGAAUAA